CAAAACGCUAUCCGAGGUGCAUGGGAAGAGAGGGGGGGGAUGGGGGUCGGGGGAGAAGACGAAAGCUCGGGUGGAGAGCAGGACACGUGUCCAGCUCCACCCCCUGAUCGUCGCUACUUCCCCUUCCCGCCUUCCGUCAGCAGGACACGCCCAGUACCCCAUAGGCGUCCGACGUCUCUGCUGACUCGAUGCUGGCCGACCUCGCCGACCUGCGACUCCCGGGCGAAGGACCGAGCGGAAUGCGUGCGCGAGGCGCGCGUGCCGCGCCGCGGCCCUGGCGUGUCGCGGAGAGCGACAACUACUCGCUGGGAGAGCUAUCGCUGCCCGAGUCGGACGAGGGCGAAGCCGAAAGCCAGGUCUCUCAGGUGCGCGCGCCGCCCAUCAUCGUCCCCGAUGUCUGCGACCACGGCCGGCACGAGCCGAUCACGCCGAUCCUGCACACGGCUGGCUCCUCGAGCGAGGAGAGCGAGGUGCACGACAUCGAUCAUGAGCAGAGCGAGGAGGAGCAGGAGGCAGGUGAGGAGGCAGAGGCGGCGGCAGAGGCGGCGGCAGAGGCGGUGGCAGAGGCGGCGGCAGAGGCGGCGGCAGAGGCGGCGGCAGAGGCGGCGGCAGAGGCGGCGGCAGAGGCGGCGGCAGAGGCGGCGGCGGUGCCGGCGGCGGUGCCGGCGGCGGUGCCGGCGGCGGAAGCGCCAGGGGAGGGGCACCCUAGUACGCAGACGCCGACGCGGCCUGCUAGCGACGCAUUGCUGCCACCCAACCCCUUCCUAUAGCUAGCUCGAGUGCGGCGCGUGCAACGUCGUGCAGCGCGUACGGUAGCAGGUAUUGCGUCUUUAGAGUGGCAGCAUAGAGAGAAGAGAAAAGUCUAGCUGCGCAUGGUACUGGCAUAUUUCCGCGGUGUGGUCUGUUGUGAGCCUUCGUCGUUACCCGUUUCGUGCAGCACGUGGUUACAUUGCUGCUGCGGUCAGUUUUGUGAAUCAAAUCGAGUCGCACAC